ACAACUUUUGGUUGCACAAGCGCCCUGUAGGAGCUGGGCCGCCCUUGGGGUGGAUAUUGGGUGGAGGCACGCCGGCGACCCCAGCCCUUGCUGCUAGGCGGCCACCGGAGCAGUUAGAGAUAGCGGCGAAUAGCCCGACACAGGUGGGCGUGAUGCAAACGCCGACGAGACCGAGUGCGAGCUUACCACCCCAAGAAGUAGGCGGAGAGGAGCUGCAACUCCAAGGAGGGGCGGCGGAGGAAGCCGUCGCAAAUACUCAGCUUUCCAUCCCGAAGCAGCCCAUACAAGUCACACCCAGCGCGUUGGAAAGAAUGAUAGCGGCGGCGGUGGAGGCUAGACUGGCGUCGGUUUUACCUCCGGGAAGGUUGAUGAAGACAAGACCGGAAGCACAGGGCUUAGAGGCUCGACCCUCUACCCUGGCGCGCGAAAUGGCGACUCGACCCGAGGUGUUGGGGCACGAGGAGGUAGAUCGACCUGUGAGGCCAACCGGAGGUGGGGGCGAGCAUGAGCCGGAGCAAUCGGUCCACUCGUCAGGAGCUCCACUACAGCAUGCAAGGGACUCGAUCAUCGAGCGCAUGGCGGAGCAGUUGCGCGAACUCCAAGAGAAGGUCGAAGGACGUCGAGGCCCCUGUCGUGCAGGUCACCCGUUCGCGGACGAAGUGUUGGGCGCGGAUUUGCCUCAAGGGUUUCGGGAGCUCACCAUGUCGUAUGAUGGCUCUACAGACCCAGCUCGACAUCUCAGGAGCUUCGAGAACAUAGCGGUGCUACAUAGGUAUAGUGAUCCGGUAUGUUGCAGGGCCUUUCUCACCACGCUGAAGGGCGCGGCCCAGGAUUGGUUCCACCAACUGGCGUCCGGGGUUGUCAAAGAUUUUCGAAGCUUUAGCUCGUUGUUCACUAACCAGUUCGCGAGCGCGAGGAAGCAUGAGAAAACAUACUUAUCCCUGAUAAACGUACAACAGAGGGAAGAAGAGACGUUGCGGGCCUACAUAGCCCGUUACACCCGCGCAUGCGUUGAGGUACCAAGUGCUACGGAAGAGAUAAAGGCCGACGGAUUAACUCGGGGAUUACGACCUGGACCCUUUCGAGAUUCCUUAUCCAAGAGACCGGCCCAGAGUUAUGACGAAUUGUUGCAGAGGGGAGGCAAAUACAUGAACAUGGAGGAGGCGCAAGCGGAUUUCCUCAUACAAGACAGGAGGGAUAAGAAGCAAGAGCCACGGCCGCCUCGGCCGGAUGAUAAGAAAGGAGGGCGAGAGAACAAGCGGGUAGAUGAAAGAGGAUGGAAACCGGGCCAACGGUUCGAUCGUUACACGCCCCUAACUACACCAAGGGGGCAAGUGUUCGCGCUGAAUCCAGCCAAAUGCAAAUUCGGGGUGAAGACGGGCCGAUUUCUGGGAUAUGUUGUCACCGAGAAGGGGAUCGAGGUGAACGCAGCCAAGGUGCAGGCGGUCUUGGAGAUGAAUCCCCCAAGAAACCGUCGUGAGGCCCAAGUGUUGGCAGGUCGAUUGGCAGGGCUCAGUCGAUUCAUAGCCCAAGCAGCUGAGAAGGGGUUCCCAUUCUUCAAAGCUUUGAAAAAAGGGGCGAAGUUUGAAUGGACGAUGGCCGCGCAGGAGGCAUUCGAGCGACUUAAGGAGUUCUUAGCAGAAUUACCCCUCUUAUCGAAGCUGGAACCGGGGGAUGAGUUGGUGUUAUAUUUGUCCGUAGGGCGAGUGGCGAUCAGCUCAGUACUAUUAAAGGAGGAUGAUCGACAGCAGAGGCCCGUGUAUUAUACGAGCCGACUGCUGCAAGGGGCAGAGACCCGAUAUUCGGACAUAGAGAAGGUGGCACUGGCGUUGAUUAUCACGAUCCGAAAGCUAAGACCAUACUUCUUGAACCACAAGGUCGUUGUCCGCACUAACAUGCCGUUGGGAGAUACGCUGGGUCGACCUAAUGUGUCGGGCCGACUCACCAAGAGGGCGGUAGAGCUUGGCGAGUACGAUAUAGUGUUCGAGCCCCGAAGGGCCAUAAAAGCUCAGGCCUUAGCAGAUUUCAUUCGAGAACUAACCACCGACGGAGAGCCAGGGCUGUGGAAAACGCACGUAGAUGGUAGCUCGGCCAUGGGCGGAGCAGGUGUUGGAGUAGUCAUAAUUACGCAGGAGGGUGACCGCCUUGAGUACGCA